ACUCGGCGAUCCAACCUCUCAUCAUAGCAGGUCUCUUAUUUCUACAAAAAGACAAGGGAGCAUGACUAUAGACACGGUGACGCACGUGGCUCGAGAUCGAUGGGAGGUUACAUCCACAACACCAUAACACCACGACACGCGCUUCUGCUACAGAGAUGGGAUCGGCGCUACGUUUCCUUUUGACACAAAUGCGAUGCGAACAUGUUCAUGCAUUCAGUCCACUCAGUGCUCAUAUUGAGACGAUCUUGCCUCGCCCUGUCCUUAUCUUCCCGUGUGGGGCAUGGUACUCGACAUUUACUCUAUGCAGUCUCCCCCAAACAAGGCCGCGAGACAUGACACCUCGAUCGAGGCACAUACCUCGAAUGUUUGCGUCGUACUUUCAACAUGCAACCGCUUUCCCGGCCCUUGCGCUCUGCCACGAGUCUCUACGUCGUCUCGUUGCACCAACUUCAUGCCAUCAACGUCGACAAGCCCUCUGCCGUGGACCGACUCGGCCUCAGGGUAUCUUCACCAGCAAAUCAACGUUGCCUUUACUCCGAGGUGCUGUCGUCGGCGGCCGGUACUACCUCAGUACCAGACUAGGGAUAUCUCGGGAGUCAAAGACACCAUUGGCGCCGCCACAAAGUUUUCAACAAAUUCCAGGUCGUCUACAUCUCUACUUUCGAAGCUGGCCUUUCGCUCUCUCGCCCCUAUUUAGCUCUAGCUCAACCCGUCCCCCUGUCCAUAAAGCCGUUGACACCAUGCGAGGAAUCAGCCAGAGGCGUUUCGAAACAAGUGGCUGCUGUCGCUGCAGUGCUUUGCAGGCGCACCUCUCAGAACCACCGCCGUAUCUAUCCUCCGUCCACUUAUUGCGGCUGAUCUGAGACAUGAUCGAGCAAUGUAUUCGGCGACGAGACUGUUCCAGAACUCGGCUCAUUGCGGGCAUUUGACGAGAAACCAAUGAGGGAUAUCAGCAUCGACAACGACAUCAACCCCGGCUGCCGGCAUGCCCGUCGUUGUUUUUGACUGACGAGCAAACAAACGAUCCAAUGAGGCAAUGGCGGCCGCACUUGAAUGUGCGUGUGGAACGCUCGGUCGUCUGUUGUAGCCCUUGGAUGCG